CGCCCGCGCCGCCUCCUCCUCGGUGCGGCUCCGCCGGCGCAGGAGCGGCCGCCCAGCCGCCGCCUGCGAACAAAGAGGAGGCCGCGCCGGCGGGCGUGUGCGGGAGCAUGGCGGACCGCAGCCUGGAGGGCAUGGCGCUGCCCCUGGAGGUGCGGGCCCGCCUGGCCGAGCUGGAGCUGGAGCUGUCGGAAGGUGACAUCACACAAAAAGGAUACGAAAAGAAGAGGUCAAAAUUAAUUGGAGCCUACCUUCCCCAGCCUCCGACAGCGAAUGGAGCUGCCGUGGUUCGGUGUAGACUGCAGCACAGUGAAGGUGCGACGAGAAGACCGUUCCGCUCUGCCCACAUCGGGGUGUGCGACGUCCGAGAAGCCGCGGCCCGGGAGCGGGCGGCCAGCGCCACAGGGAACCGGCCUCUGUUUUACUUUCGUUUCGGGGUGGAUCAAGCACUGCCUCAGGAGCGCCGGGCUCCCGUCACUCCCUCCUCCUCCUCUCGCUACCACCGCCGGCGGUCCUCGGGGUCCCGUGAUGAGCGCUAUCGGUCAGACGUUCACACUGAAGCCGUCCAGGCUGCGCUUGCCAAACACAAAGAAAGGAAGAUGGCGGUGCCCAUGCCUUCAAAACGCCGGUCCCUGGUGGUGCAGACCUCUAUGGAUGCCUACACCCCCCCAGACACCUCUUCCGGCUCAGAGGAUGAAGGCUCGGUGCAGGGUGACUCCCAGGGAACGCCCACCUCCAGCCAGGGCAGCAUCAACAUGGAGCACUGGAUCAGCCAGGCCAUCCACGGCUCUACCACAUCUACCACCUCUUCCUCCUCCACACAGAGCGGGGGCAGCGGGGCCGCCCACCGGCUGGCUGAUGUCAUGGCCCAGACGCAUAUAGAAAACCAUUCUGCACCUCCUGAUGUCACCACUUACACCUCAGAACACUCGAUACAGGUGGAGAGGCCGCAGGGCUCAACCACAUCCCGGACGGCACCAAAGUACGGCAACGCCGAGCUCAUGGAGACCGGAGAUGGAGUACCAGUAAGUAGCCGGGUAUCAGCAAAAAUUCAGCAGCUUGUCAAUACCCUCAAACGACCCAAACGGCCACCAUUACGAGAAUUCUUUGUUGAUGACUUUGAAGAAUUGUUGGAAGUUCAGCAACCAGAUCCAAACCAACCAAAGCCAGAAGGGGCACAGAUGCUGGCCACGCGUGGGGAGCAGCUGGGUGUGGUCACGAACUGGCCGCCGUCCCUUGAGGCCGCGCUGCAGCGAUGGGGAACCAUCUCCCCAAAGGCCCCCUGCCUGACCACCAUGGACACGAACGGGAAGCCACUGUACAUUCUCACUUACGGCAAACUGUGGACAAGAAGCAUGAAGGUUGCCUACAACAUUCUGCAUAAAUUAGGUACAAAGCAAGAACCCAUGGUGCGGCCUGGAGACAGGGUAGCCCUGGUGUUCCCCAACAACGACCCGGCGGCGUUCAUGGUGGCCUUCUACGGCUGCCUGCUGGCUGAAGUCGUGCCUGUGCCCAUCGAAGUGCCGCUGACGAGGAAGGACGCGGGGAGCCAGCAGAUAGGUUUCUUGCUUGGAAGCUGUGGAGUGACUGUAGCCUUGACUAGUGAUGCUUGCCAUAAAGGACUACCAAAAAGCCCGACGGGAGAGAUCCCACAGUUUAAAGGUUGGCCAAAGCUACUGUGGUUUGUCACAGAGUCAAAGCAUCUUUCUAAACCUCCACGAGACUGGUUCCCGCACAUCAAGGAUGCAAACAAUGACACUGCUUAUAUCGAGUACAAGACGUGUAAGGACGGGAGCGUGCUUGGCGUGACCGUGACAAGGAGCGCGCUGCUCACGCACUGCCAGGCCCUGACACAGGCGUGUGGCUACACAGAAGCUGAAACCAUUGUGAAUGUGCUGGAUUUCAAGAAGGACGUCGGGCUGUGGCACGGCAUUCUCACGAGCGUCAUGAACAUGAUGCACGUCAUCAGCAUCCCCUACUCAUUGAUGAAGGUGAACCCACUCUCCUGGAUCCAGAAGGUCUGCCAGUACAAAGCAAAAGUGGCUUGCGUGAAAUCAAGAGAUAUGCACUGGGCAUUAGUAGCACACAGAGACCAAAGAGAUAUCAACCUCUCUUCUCUACGAAUGUUGAUAGUGGCCGAUGGCGCAAAUCCCUGGUCGAUUUCUUCUUGCGAUGCGUUUCUCAAUGUCUUCCAGAGCAAAGGCCUGCGGCAGGAGGUCAUCUGUCCAUGCGCCAGCUCACCUGAGGCCCUCACAGUGGCCAUCCGGAGGCCCACAGAUGACAGCAACCAGCCCCCGGGCCGGGGCGUGCUCUCCAUGCACGGGCUGACCUACGGCGUCAUCCGCGUGGACUCGGAGGAGAAGCUCUCAGUGCUCACGGUGCAGGACGUCGGCCUUGUGAUGCCUGGAGCCAUCAUGUGUUCCGUGAAGCCAGACGGGAUCCCCCAGCUGUGCAGAACAGACGAAAUCGGGGAGCUGUGUGUGUGCGCGGUUGCGACGGGCACAUCGUAUUAUGGCCUCUCGGGCAUGACCAAGAACACCUUUGAGGUGUUUCCCAUGACCAGCUCAGGGGCUCCGAUCAGCGAGUAUCCGUUCAUCAGGACAGGCUUGCUGGGGUUCGUUGGUCCCGGAGGGCUCGUCUUCGUGGUGGGCAAGAUGGACGGCCUCAUGGUGGUCAGCGGGCGCAGGCAUAAUGCUGAUGACAUCGUGGCCACGGCCCUGGCUGUGGAACCCAUGAAAUUCGUCUACAGAGGAAGGAUAGCUGUGUUCUCAGUGACUGUCCUUCACGACGAAAGGAUAGUGAUUGUGGCCGAGCAGAGGCCGGACUCUACAGAGGAGGACAGCUUCCAGUGGAUGAGCCGGGUGCUCCAGGCAAUUGACAGUAUACAUCAAGUUGGAGUUUAUUGCCUGGCCUUGGUGCCAGCAAAUACCCUCCCCAAAACCCCGCUUGGUGGGAUCCACUUGUCAGAGACGAAGCAGCUCUUCCUGGAGGGCUCUCUUCACCCCUGCAAUGUCCUGAUGUGCCCCCACACUUGCGUCACGAACUUGCCUAAGCCUCGGCAGAAGCAGCCAGAAAUCGGCCCCGCCUCUGUGAUGGUGGGGAACCUGGUGUCUGGAAAGAGGAUUGCCCAGGCCAGUGGCAGAGACCUGGGCCAGAUAGAAGACAAUGACCAGGCGCGGAAGUUCCUGUUCCUCUCGGAGGUCUUGCAGUGGAGAGCACAGACCACCCCCGACCACGUCCUCUACACACUGCUUAACUGUCGGGGUACGAUAGCAAACUCGCUGACCUGCGUGCAGCUUCAUAAGAGAGCUGAGAAGAUAGCUGUGAUGCUGAUGGAGCGGGGGCACCUGCAGGACGGAGACCACGUCGCACUCGUCUACCCACCAGGAAUAGACCUCAUUGCAGCAUUUUAUGGUUGCCUGUAUGCAGGCUGUGUGCCAAUAACUGUCCGUCCUCCCCAUCCACAAAACAUCGCAACGACACUGCCUACCGUCAAGAUGAUUGUGGAGGUGAGCCGGUCUGCCUGUCUGAUGACGACGCAGCUGAUCUGUAAGUUGUUACGGUCAAGGGAGGCGGCGGCAGCGGUAGAUGUCAGGACAUGGCCCCUCAUACUGGACACAGAUGAUUUGCCAAAGAAGCGGCCUGCCCAGAUCUACAAACCUUCUAACCCAGACACGCUCGCUUAUCUUGAUUUCAGUGUGUCCACAACUGGGAUGCUCGCUGGCGUAAAGAUGUCUCAUGCAGCCACCAGUGCCUUUUGCCGUUCCAUUAAGCUGCAGUGUGAGCUUUACCCCUCUAGAGAAGUGGCCAUCUGUUUGGACCCUUACUGUGGACUUGGAUUUGUCCUCUGGUGCCUCUGCAGUGUGUAUUCUGGGCACCAAUCCGUUCUGAUCCCACCGUCUGAGCUGGAAACCAACCCUGCCUUGUGGCUUCUUGCUGUGAGUCAGUAUAAAGUCCGGGACACGUUUUGCUCCUACUCAGUGAUGGAGCUUUGCACCAAGGGGCUGGGCUCACAAACGGAAUCCCUCAAGGCACGAGGACUGGACCUGUCCCGGGUGAGGACCUGUGUGGUUGUGGCAGAAGAGAGGCCUCGAAUAGCUCUCACACAGUCCUUCUCAAAAUUAUUUAAAGACCUGGGCCUCCACCCACGGGCUGUUAGCACCUCGUUUGGCUGUAGAGUGAACCUGGCAAUUUGCUUGCAGCCCCACAGGCUGUGGACGCUGGCCAAGCAGGGGACCUCGGGACCAGACCCAACUACCGUCUACGUCGACAUGAGAGCCCUGAGACAUGAUAGAGUCCGCUUAGUGGAAAGAGGAUCUCCUCACAGCUUGCCCCUGAUGGAAUCAGGGAAAAUACUUCCAGGGGUCCGGAUCAUAAUUGCCAAUCCAGAAACAAAAGGACCACUGGGGGACUCCCACCUUGGAGAGAUUUGGGUUCACAGUGCCCACAAUGCCAGUGGCUAUUUUACUAUUUAUGGAGAUGAAUCCUUGCAGUCAGACCACUUCAGCUCCAGAUUAAGUUUUGGAGACACUCAGACCAUCUGGGCACGGACAGGCUACUUAGGGUUCCUGCGGAGAACGGAGCUCACGGAUGCAAAUGGAGAGCGCCAUGAUGCCCUCUACGUGGUGGGAGCGUUGGACGAAGCCAUGGAACUGCGAGGAAUGCGCUACCACCCCAUUGACAUUGAGACCUCGGUCAUCAGAGCCCACAAGAGCGUCACAGAAUGUGCCGUGUUCACCUGGACAAAUCUGCUGGUGGUGGUGGUGGAGCUGGAUGGGUCAGAGCAGGAGGCCCUGGACCUGGUUCCCCUGGUGACCAACGUGGUCCUGGAGGAGCACUACCUGAUCGUGGGCGUGGUGGUCGUGGUGGACAUCGGGGUCAUCCCCAUCAACUCCCGCGGGGAGAAGCAGCGCAUGCACCUCCGCGACGGGUUCCUGGCUGACCAGCUCGACCCCAUCUACGUGGCCUACAACAUGUAGGCUCGUCUCUUUGGCUUCCGUGGACUUACUGGAGAGUAGACAUUUUCCUCCAUGUCCACUGAGACGUGCGGAGCUAGGGCAGCAUUCGCCGGAUGCAGGAGGCGGGCGGUGGGCUUCGCACAGCAGUUGCGACUGGCCUGGAGAUGAAAUGUGAAUUUACCACUGAAUUUUGCUCAGAAGGACUUUGGAUUACUGCCUUCAGUUUGUUGGAAAAACCCAUUUCAAAAACUUUCUUUUCUUUUUUUUUUUUUUAAUUAUUGGGUAAUAAGUGCUUUCUUCGUAAAUGUGGUAUUUUGUUAAGCCGAAAUAGCAAUUAAAAAAAAUAUCCUGCCCUCCAGAUGGGUUCUUUUAAACAAUUAAUGUAGUGUGACAAAGAAUUGUUUUCUCUGUUUUAAUGUGUCAUGAAAUCUUAAUGACAUGGAUCUGUUACUAAUUUAAGCCAUCGCUAGAUCUCAUCCUUUUAGGAAAGUUUAUUGAGGUACGAAAAAACCUUCUAACUAGCACCUUCCAAUUAGAGUUAGCAGCUUUCUUUGUCAGAAAUGCGCUGAAGGGACAAAGUCUGGCACACGGCCUUUGACGUUGGCAUAGAAGGAGAAGAAAUUAUAAAUAAGGUGUAUUUCGGCAACUAUCUUGCAAAUAUCUUUGUACUAAACUAAACAGAUAAAAUAAGUUAACUUCCAAUAUGUAAUUAUGUAUAAAACGUUUAAUUUAUUUUGAUCUCUUUAGAAGUAUAAAAGAGAAAAACAUUCAAGAAUAUUAAAGUCUUGUAAUGUUUGCUAAUAUAAAAAAGUGUUGUAUUAUCUUGCGUGGAUAGUAUCACAACAAAUAUAUAUAUAUGAACUAUAAAUUCACUCAUGAAAAGGAAAUUUUAAAGUUUAAAAUGCAGAACUUGUCACUUGCAUGGUGUGCUCUGCACUGUACCCACAUACACUUCGCUGUUGGAGCAAUCGCAGAUUGCCAGUAGCCCUGUCGAAAAGUUUCUUCUAGAAUCAGAAACCAGCAAGUGAAAUUACUGCCACCUCAAAGAUGGUGAUGGAAUUUAAAGCUAAAUGUGCACUAUUUUUUCCUUUGCUGUGGGGACAACAGUGAAUGCGUUUAUUCCAGCAUGUGCUGAAGGCACUGAGGGGCUUUGGGUUGGCAAAUAGCACUGUUUUCUUAGCUGCAAGGAUCGUUGCACAAUGUUUUCAUCAUUUUUGUUAGUGUCACCUUUUUUUGGUAUGAAAAGGAACGAUGUUCUGUGGUCAUUUGCAUGGGGUUGCGUUGACUCCCCCCAGGCGGCCACUGUGGGGAGUGGACAGUUUUAAGGGAAAAGACUCUUGUAAGUAGUUGUCCCCUCGUCUUAAGACCCAGCCAGUCUGUGUGAGCCUCUGGCCGCGGGGCUCCGCAGCUCUGCACGAGCACCCUCUCGGCUCACAGAGAACCCUGGCUCUGCCAGGAACCCUCUGCUGUGCCAUCCCGCCGCCUGCGGACAAGCGCGUCCCUGGUUUCUGUCUCUGCUGCGCUGCCUUGCGCCUUUUAGUUUUCAGAGCUCCUCUGUGCGCUUCUAAGUUGAGUUGGCUGCCAGUAUCCAAACAAGAAGGAGGUAUCAGCAACCCAAGAGGGAUUUGUUUCAUAAUUGUCCCAAUAUGAUCCUGCAGUGGCUCUCGGUACUAGAUAUGCAUGACUAAGACUGUUGCUGGGCAAAAUUUAGAUUCUGUUUUCAUUAUAUUGUAGGCAGUGUCUUUGCCUUUGCUAUAUGCAGCCAGCAGUAAGCCCUUUGCUAAAAGAGAGUUUUGUUUGACUUCUGAGAUCCAAGGCUGAUUGUUUUUUAAAAAAAUUUUAAGUGGCACAUUUUUUUAAAAAAAUUCUCUGCAUCCUUCCAUCUCCACAGGUCAUCUGAUUCUUCAAAUAUUGCUUGACCUCAUUGAUACAUAUGAAUAUUUCUCUACACGCUUCAGAUACACAUUCCUACCGCCUUCUGCUUCCCAAGGGGGAAAAUCCCCACCACACACAGAAAAAAAGACAUUUUCUUAUACAUACCUAUCUUGUUUAAAGAGAAGUUAGAUUAGAGUUUCAGAUAAGAUACUGAUUGUGAAACAUAACUAUGAUGUGCAAGAAAACUUGUGAGGUCCAGCUGAUGUCAGGAAGCAAAGCAAACUUGGAUGUCACUUUAAACACAAUUUAACCUUCACCAUAUCAACUUUACACUCGAGGGCGAACGCUGCCGUGCAGUUGUGGUCGCAGUUAACAGCAGAUCUGCAUCCUGCCACCUCUGACGUUAGAAUUUAGGUUCAGAAGAGUUGGUGGACUGGAAUGGAAGUUUGAGUGUGCAAGAAGAGGAAAGGAGACACUUAAGUACCACCAGUUUCAGCAAUAAAGGAGGAUCUUUCUGUAUUAGAAAUUGUACUGUAGAUAAAUCAUUCAUGAGAAUGUAAAAAAUGUUUGUCUUGUGACCUUGUGCUUUUGAAGUCAGACAAAACCGUGUAAUCAACUUGCACAAAAAGAGGGUACACAGUGAACAUUUAAACACAGACCUAAUCAAACAGGAGCAGAUUCCUCAUGGUGCUUGUUUAUUAUAUAUAUUUAAUCCUGCUUGACACUUUACCCAAGGGAAGCAGUCCCUUUAUCAGUUGGAUGUUAGCAGCGUUAUUUCAGAGUGUGGUGACUGGUUAGAGAAAUUCAUGUACUCAACCAAUCACAGUUUCAAACAAAAUUUUUAUGUGCAAAGGACAGCAACCUUCUUGUAUGUUAAACCACCAGUACGCUUUGUACAUCUGUGAUAACGCCUGUUUUAUAUUCAAAUGAACAAAUAAAAGCUUUUAUUUUUGUUGCUCUGAAAA